AUGGCUCAUAUUGGACCAGCUUAUGGAUCGUUAGCAGCUAAUCAAGCAAAAAUUUCAGCGAAACGAGAUCCAGCACUUGAUCAAGAGGUUCAGACAUGGAUUGAAACGAUCAUUGGUGAGAAAUUUCCAAAUGGUUCCUACGAAGAUGCAUUGAAAGAUGGUGUCAUCUUAUGCAAAUUAAUGAAUAAACUUCAACCAAAUAGUAUUCCAAAAUAUGCAACGUCUGGUGGAUCUUUCAAACUUCGUGAAAAUAUUGCACUUUUUCAAACUGCUGCUCGUGCUUAUGGACUAGAAGAUGCAGAACUCUUUCAAAGUGUCGAUCUUUUCGAAAAACGUAAUAUUCCACAAGUAACACAAUGUUUAUUUGCGCUUGGUCGUCAUGCACAAAGACAUCAUUUCAAUGGUCCAAUACUCGGUCCUAAAAUGUCUGAAGCCAAUAUGCGAGAAUUCACUGAAGAGCAACUCAAUGCGGCAAAAAAUGCUCUUCCUUUAUUGAACGAAGGUAUGAAUAAAGGAGCAAAUCAAUCUGGUCAAAAUUUUGGUCUUACUCGACAUAUUUGA